AUGGAAUACCCGUACUUCUCGUCUGCUCCCCAGCAGGCGUAUCCAUAUUACGGCCAGCAGCCACCUCAAGACCCUUCACAGGAGCAGUUUGGUUCGUUGGUGCCAGGACCUGAUCAGCAACAACAGCAGUUUGGCCCUUCUUUCCAGCAAUUCGAGCAAUAUCAGUUCAGCCAUCCUCCUCUUCAGGGCCAGAUUAACAGUAUACCUUCGGCGCAUUAUCCGAGACAGUCUGUCGAAGCAGUAACGAGCGGUCCAUCGAUACCCACUGCUCUGGGAAGAGAGAUCAAGCAGGACUCCAUCGAUUCGAAUGCCUUUCCACAGUCCAUCCCCAAUGAGAAUGGGGAGGAUGGCCAGCAAGACCGUGAUCCCCGUAGUAGCAGUGAAGAAAAGGACAGCAAUAUGACUCCAGCCCAGAGUCGCCGGAAGGCCCAGAAUCGAGCUGCCCAGCGAGCCUUCCGUGAACGCAAAGAGAGACGAGUUCGCGACCUCGAGCAAGAAUUGACGGAGUACAAGCAGAACUUCUCCAACCUGCUCGAAGACAACGAAGUACUCAAGCGUCAAAUGGCAAAGGUAGCCACUGAAAACGAGAUCCUCCGCGCAACUUCAAAAGUAGCCCACUGCCAUUCUCCUGCUCAUGAGCCCGAACCCACGACUACGGGACCUAUGAUAUAUUCCCCCAAGGACUACAGCAGCACUGCCAGCACCGUCAGCGGAGGCAGCGGACCGUCCUUAGAACGCGAGAAGCACGCCAAACCGAUCCAUCCGAUACGAGUCUGUGAAAUCACCGGUGAGAGACUGUUAGAUGCGUCCGCUACCUGGGACUUGAUAGUUAGCCAUUUGUCAGAUUCAGGCGCCAAACUGGAUGUGCAGGACAUAUACGACCGGUUAAAAGGGCGUGCUCAGUGUGACGGCACUGGCCCAGUCAUCGGAGAGUCACAGGUUAUCAAAGCAAUACAAGAUAGUAUUGCUGCUGGCAACGACGAGCUGAUCUAG